AUGAAACGUAGUAACAAUAACGGUAAUCAAAGUUACAAUAAUAUUAAAAAAGCAAGGCAUAAUCCAAAUAAUAGUGGCGACAAUGUUCCUUUAGCAGGAGCUACGCCAAGAUUAAACCAGCCCAUAAAUCAAUUUUCAAAAGCGGAUGAUGCUAAUAUCAACAUUACUAAAAAUCUUAUUGGUCGAACUGUAUGUCUUAGAAAUUUACCAUCAGAUGCAGAAGCUCAUAAACUUAUAAAUCAAAUCAAAGUUGGUCCAUUAGAGUCCGUCAGAUUCCGUCCCGAGAAUUCUUAUGCUUUAAUUUCCUUUAUGAGUGCCGAUCUUGCAAAAACAUUCUAUGAUGAAGUUAUGACCAAACUAUUUUUUUAUGAAGGUCAAGAACUUAGAGCUAGUUGGGGUGAACCAUCAGCUAUACCUGAAAGGGUUCAAUUAGCUAUGAAUGAAAAACAAGUUUCACGUAAUGUUUUCCUAAAGAAUUUGGAUGGUUCAUUCACUGAAGAGACUUUAUAUAGAGAUUUGGCUGAAUAUGGUACUAUUGAUACUGUGGAGGUUGUCAAAAAAGGAAAGAUUGGAUAUGUUCAUUUCUUGAAUAUUUCAAAUGCUGUUAAAGCGGUUACAUUGCUACCAUCAAACCCUGCAUAUGAAAGGGUUAAAAUUGGUUAUGCUAAAGACAGAUGUGCAAGAUAUAUGAAAACCCCUCCUUCAAGAAGAUCAAUCACUUUUCAAGGCUUUGGAAAUGCUGCUGCAUUAGAAUAUAACAUGGAAACUCGUAAUUCUUAUCCUAAUGCUACAACAACUCAUAAUUCUUAUCUUAAUGCUACAACAACUCAUAAUUCUUAUCUUAAUGGUACAACAACUCAUAAUUCUUAUCUUAAUGGUACAACAACUCAUAAUUCUUAUCUUAAUGCUAUGUCAGCUCAUAAUCCUUAUCUUAAUACUACGUCAUCUCAUAAUCCUUAUCUUAAUGCUACACCGGCUCGCAAUCCUUAUCUUAAUGCUAUGUCAUCUGCAUGUACUUUAUUUCGCAAAGUAGAUGAUCCUAACAAAAAUCAGGACACCUUAAUUGUUGAAAAUAUUGCAGGGGCCAUUAAAAAUGUUGGAAACCGAACUAUUUAUCUUGGAAAUCUUCAUCCUGAGACCACAUGUGAAGAUCUUUGUAAUGUUAUUCGUGGUGGUAUUCUUCAACAUAUUCGAUUUAUCCCAGGAAGACAUGUUGCAUUUGUUACUUUCAUUGAUCCAAAUAGUGCAUCGAAUUUUAUGGUUUUGGCACGAAAAGUAGGUGUGGUGGUCAAAAAUAGAAGACUUAAAGUUGGUUGGGGGGCAAAUCCAGGGCCAUUGCCUAGAUAUGUAAAACGUGUAGUGAAUACCAGACGUGCUUCUCGUAAUAUUUAUAUUGGAAAACUUGACGAACAAGUGACUGAGGAAAAACUGCGCAAAGACUUUGAAGAGUAUGGCAAAACAGAAUUUAUCAAUCUUGUCAAAGAAUCAUCAUGUGGAUUUGUCAACUUUAUGUCUAUUACUUCUGCAAUUAAUGCAAUGGAACAUAUUCCAAGAAGAGAUGAUUACAAAAAUUGUUAUAUUAAUUAUGGAAAAGAUCGGUGUGGUAAUGCACCAAAAAAUGAUUUAGAAUUAGAAUAA